AUUUAUCUUUUAAAAAUAAAAAUUAAAAUGAAAAACGAUAAAAUAAAAAUAAAAAUUGAGACUCUUAAACUGGUAGAACCCUAAUUCACACCAGCAGCAGAAAAGCCUCUCGUCCUCCUUCCCUGCGACCUGCGUCGCCCUCGUUUCUCUGUUCACAGGAUUCCGCUUUCUUCAUACUCUCUAAGUUUUAUCUUAUCGCAAUGGGGAAGACAAAUACAAGGUCAGAUUCAACGGAUUCAAAAUCGGAUCGCAAGUUCGAUAAGAAGCUUCAAUUUUAUACCAAGGUGAAAACUGCUGUUGCUUCCUUGACUGCCACAAAGUCUAUUUCUAAGAAUCAGAGAAAACAUCAAAGGCGACAGAAAAAAUUGAAAGCAUAUAACCUCUCUUCGCUCUUGGAUACACUUCCGGAGUUCAAUGCACCACAGAAACCAUGCAAUGAGGAUAACUUCAAGGUCAAUUGUAAAACUAGACAGAAAUUAGUAUUGAAGGAAGGACAACGAUUGUGUGAGCUUUUCAAGAAUGAUUCAUUCCAAGUGAAUCCCUUGGCUGCCAUUCAUCAACACUUAAGGAGCACACAUCCAGAACCAGUACUAGAGAAACAACAACCCAAGAAAAAAGCGAAUGUAAAUGGGUCUAAAAAGAGGAAGAAGAAAUCAAAAGCUGGGGCUGGACUGAAGUCUAUGGAUAUAUAAUGCCUUUUGUAUGGAUGCUAUUAUGGUCCCUUGUUUUAAAGUUCUUCAUAGAAGUGUACCUUUUUUUUUUGGAGUUGAUAAGUGCACUACUUCUGUGAAGCAUUACAUGUAGGACUUAAUGUCCAUCUUAAAUUUAUCAAGCAUAGUCUACAGUGAUAAUGUCCAUGGUAGUUUGUCUCUGUUUUUAUAUCAGUAUCCAUUGGGUAAGUUGACCAUCUGCUGAGCAUGGCAACCGUAUGAAACUAACCACAUAUGUAAUCAACUUUUGAUGAAUAUUCGACGGUUCUUCAUAAGAAAAAUGAAAGCUAGAAUUAUGACUAA